CAGACCUUAGGAGCCCUCUGUUUCCUUUCAUGAAUCGGCCGGAUUGUAAGCGUGGAGACUGCGCGUUUUGAAGGAGAUGGUGAAGAGGCGACUCAGAGAGAAAACUGCAGGAUUUUAGAGAGCCCUAGGAGAAGAAGCAGAAGCAACAGGCAUUUCUUGCUGAGAGAUAUGUAUGAUGAUAUGAUGCUGGAUGGAGUACAGCCAACUAGGGAUACAUUCCAUUCUGUCAUCAGUUAGUGGAAAGGUGGAUAAGCAAAAUGCUCAUUUCUUUGGUGUUACGAUCAACGAGCAACAAGCCGAGUGUGGUAUUGUAGAAAGAGUUACUUCAAAUGCACAAGGCAAAUUUAAGUUACUUUAUUUCGAGCAAGAUGUGAAUGGCGGUUAUGGUUUGGCCCUACAGGUACCAUAUCUUCUUUCCUAUUGUGUCUCCAAUCCAUUUUCCAUUUUAUAGUGCAUAUGGUUUUUGCAUUCUGAAAGCUGUCAUGGUUGUUUAAAAAAUUUGAAGCAUAGAUGGAGUCAACAGUGCCAAUGAUCAUAUACAAUUGGUAGAAAUGUUUUGUAAUAAUCUUGUCAUGUUAAACUUUCUGCUGUUAUAUCCUUCAAUUUCUAAGUACUAUGCGUCUCUAAUUUAUUUUCAAAGCAUAAAAUUGUGGCUGUGAAAUUGUGAUUUUGAAUAUCACACAUGGGUAGAACUUAAAAUUAGUAACCUACCUGUGAAUGUGACAAUGAUGCUCAACUUCUCUUUUCAAGUGAAUGUCAUUGCAUUGUUUCAAGUGGUCAAGUGGUAUUGGUGUGGCAUUUCAAUGUAUUUCUAUUCAGUCCUCUGAUCUCACGGUGGGGAUUCUGGUUAUGGUG